AUGACAAGGUUCAACUAUCAAAGUUUGGAUGACUUGGAGGAAUCUGAACAUGAGAAUGACAUCCCAAGGAGAUCAGUCAUUAAAAGGAGAAACUCCCGGAGAAGCAGUCUUACCAAUAAUGAAACAGUGUUUGGAAAGCUCUUAAAUGCUCUGAAUAGAGGUGCUCAGGCUUCAAAGAGCAUCAGGUUGAAUUCAACCAGGAGAAAACUUCCUUUAACCUUUGUACCACCAAGUACCAAGUCUCCAUUAUUUGUAUAUAACAAUGCGAUUGAUAAUCGUUCGUUUCUUUCUCUUUGUUCCAGCUCACAUUUGAACAGUGAAAGAGAAAGUGCACUGGAUGACAACCAAUCGGUAAGCACAUUUCGUUCAUUACCAUCUACUCUGGAGCAUUCUCCGGAACCAGAACAAUAUAAUUGGCUUCUAGAAGAGAACGAAAGGAGGUUUUCAGAGCGUAGAAGUAUCAGAUCCUCUUUUGAUGAGGAGGAUAAUUUGUUGCCCCGUACCGGUUUGAUUUUUAAAGGUAAUCAGCAUGCAAGAAGGGCCUCAUCCAUUAUUAGUCAAAUAUUGGUUGAUCAGCAAGAGGAGGAUGAGGAAGAUUUUGAUACUGAGACCGUUGAUUUUGAAUAUGAAUCCAAGAAACUGGUUAGAUAUUCCAUUCCAUUGAUUAUAACGUUUGUUCUAGAGCAACUUUUCUCAGUGGUUGUCAUUUUAACAGUGGCUCGUAUUGGUAAGAUUGAACUAGCUGCUGCCUCCUUAGGUUCCAUGACUGCUACCAUCACGUUAGCAGUAUUUGAAGGAAUUUCCACUGCAUUGGACACACUUUGCCCUCAAGCAUACGGAUCAGGUAAUAUACUCACCGUUGGAGUACAUCUACAAAGGUGUACGUAUUUUGCAUUGGCCAUCAGCAUACCAACUUCUCUUAUAUGGUUCAAUAUUUCACACCUGCUCAAGCAUAUUGUGAGUGACCCAGAGGUAUUGAAGUUGACUCAGCAAUAUCUCCGAGUAUCAAUUCUUGGAGUACCGGCAUAUAUCAUGUUCGAGAAUGGUAAGAGGUUUCUUCAGGCCCAGUCUAUAUUUGAUGCUGGUACUAUUAUCUUAUUCAUUACAGCGCCCUUGAAUUUACUGACUACUUAUCUUUUGGUAUGGAAUCGGUACAUCGGACUAGGUUUUGUGGGUGCUCCAAUAGCUACAGUCAUCAAUUUUUGGCUCAUGGUUUCCUUUCUCGUUCUCUAUGUUCUCUUUAUCGACGGCAAGAAAUGUUGGGGAGGAUUUACUAAAGAAGCCCUGACUCAAUGGACAGACUUGUCAAAACUUGCCAUUCCUGGAAUCUUAAUGUUGGAGGCAGAGUACUUUGCAUACGAGAUUCUCACUUUAUUUGCUUCCAGUUUUGGAACUACUGCAUUAGCAGCUCAAUCAGCUGUUUCAACUUUGGCUUCUCUAACUUAUAUGGUCCCCUUUGCCAUAGGUAUCGCAAGUGCAACGAGAGUGGCAAAUUUUAUUGGAUCUGGAAAUAUUACCGCAGCUAAGAUUACACUCAAAGUUGGACUCUAUGGGGCCCUGAUUGUUGCAUCAUUAAAUUGUUUUGUCAUGAUGUUUGGGAGAAGUUAUAUUGCACGCUUUUUCUCAACUGACCCCGAGGUCAUCAAGGAAAUUGUGGAGCUACUCCCUCUUGUGGCAACAAUUCAGAUAUUCGACGGUUUAGCAGCUGUUGAAUCUUGUAUGAUGAGAGCCCAAGGACUUCAAAUGAUAGGAAGCUUCCUGAACUUAGCAAUGUACUAUCUCAUUGCAAUUCCACUUUCAUACAUUUCUAGUAGAUAUUUCGGUUUGAGAUUGUUUGGAUUGUGGAUUGGGUUGGGCACAGGACUUUUACUCAUAGCUACAAGCGAAAUGUACUACAUUUGGAACUCUGACUGGAAUAUCAUGAUGGAAAAGGCACGAGAUCGAAACUUAAUCGUUACAUACGAGGAGGGUGAUGAUGACGAUGAAGAACAGGACAUUUACUUUUAA